CCCGCUGACCCCUUCUUUCUGAUUUCUUCAUGCUGGUUCAACAUUAACCUGCAGGGGCCAGAUCGGCCUGCCUGUGAUCCCUACGUCCACAGCUUCUCCACGGUCACCAUGAUGGGUGUUCAGGGCCUGACCCUACAAAGCUACCUGACCCUAGGAGUCUUGGUAUCUCUUGCCCACUGUGAACAUGUGUUCCUAAACCAGCAGCAGGCACUGUCUGUGCUCCAGAGGGUCCGGCGGGCCAACAGGGGCCUCCUGGAGGAAAUGAGAGCAGGAAACCUAGAGCGGGAGUGUCUAGAGGAACAGUGCAGCUACGAAGAGGCAUUCGAGGCUCUGGAGUCCACAGCAGCCACGGAUACAUUCUGGACCAAGUACAAAUUUUGUGAAUCUGUGAGGACAACCUCAAGAGUCAUCUUUGAUGCCUGCCUAGAAGGAAAUUGUGCAGAGGGCAUAGGGUCCAAUUACCGGGGGAACAUCUCCAUCACCAAGUCUGGGAUCCCAUGCCAGCUCUGGAGGAGUCACUACCCGCACAAGCCAGAGCUCAACUCCACCACGCACCCUAAUGCUGACCUCCUGGAAAAUUUCUGCCGAAACCCAGAUGGCAGCUCUACCGGACCCUGGUGCUACACCAGUGAUCCUACCCUGCGGAGAGAGGAGUGCAGCAUCCCCCUCUGUGGAAAGGACAACAGCUUCACUGCGCCUCUGACCCCAAGAAACCCCAACCUGUCGGCAGAAAGGAGCUCACAGCCUUGCAUCCCCGAUGAGGGACAGAAGUACCAAGGACGCCUUGCUGUCAGUGUGUCCGGAGCCCCCUGCCUGCCCUGGGCCUCUGAGCAGCUCAAGUCGCUUCUCAAGGAGAACAGUUUUGACCCUGCUGUGUCCUUGGAUGAGAACUAUUGCCGAAAUCCGGAUGGUGAUGAAGAGGGCCUCUGGUGCUUUGUGGCUGGGAACCCCAUUGCUCCAGAAUACUGCCAGGCCAGCUACUGCGACAGCCCCGUGGAUGAGGUGGAUGGAGACUUGGAGCCAGAGCCAGAGACCAUCGGGGGCCGGACCACAUUUCAGGAGUACCAAGUAUUCUUUAGUGAAAGGACCUUUGGUGCCGGAGAAGCAGACUGUGGGCUUCGGCCCCUGUUUGAGAAGAAGGGCUUGGAGGACAACAGUGAGAAGGAACUGAUGGAUUCUUACAUUGGCGGGCGCAUUGUGCAUGGGGAUGAUGCUGAGCUGGGCGCCGCUCCCUGGCAGGUGAUGCUUUUCCGGAAGACCCCUCAGGAACUGCUAUGUGGAGCCAGUCUCAUAAGUGACCGCUGGAUCCUCACCGCCGCCCACUGCCUCUUCUACCCUCCCUGGGACAAGAAUUUCACAGUGGAAGACAUGCUAGUGCGCAUAGGAAAACACCAUCGCUCCAAGUAUGAACGUCACAUGGAGAAGAUCGCCAAGUUGGAGAAAAUCCUGAUCCAUCCCAAAUACAACUGGAAGGAGAAUUUGGACCGAGACAUCGCCCUGCUGAAACUAAAACAGCCCAUCACCUUCAGUGACUACAUCCACCCAGUCUGCCUGCCCUCCAAGGACGUUGUCCAAAAGUUAUUCCUGUCCGGUUACAAAGGGAGGGUCACUGGCUGGGGCAACCUGAAGGAGACGUGGACCUCCUCGAAAGAAAACCUGCCCACCCUUAUGCAGAAAAUCAACCUCCCCAUUGUAGACCAGGCCACUUGCCGGGCUUCCACCCGGAUCAAAAUCACAGACAACAUGUUCUGCGCAGGGUACAAAGCUGAUGAUCAGAAGCGAGGGGAUUCUUGUGAAGGAGACAGCGGAGGGCCUUUUGUUAUGAAGAGCCCUUUUGACAAGCGCUGGUACCAAAUGGGAAUUGUGUCCUGGGGUGAAGGCUGCGACCGGGAUGGGAAAUACGGCUUCUACACUCAUGUCUUCCGUCUGAAGAAGUGGAUACAGAAAACCAUCGACCGAUUUGGACUUUAGGGGGCCACCUGCAAGGCCCUAUCCCUGCCCCCAAGCAAGGAGCAUGAACUAGAGAGGUCUCCCCCCUUCCCCAGUGAAGUGGGAAGGUUUGUUUUGUUUUUUAUUUCUAAAAUAUAUAUUUCCCAAUAAAAAUCUUUCCCUCUAUGAGCUUCGGUUAUCCCACUUCUCACAUUUAGCUCCUCCUCUUGGGCUCAGAUGGCCCCCAGAGGGGCUGCUUGGGACAUCUAAGAACCAAGCCACCAUUUGGACCAAAAGGAACCAACUUUGGAAAAGAAAUCACCACAGAAGGCAGGGGUUCUUAACCUUUUGGGGGCUAUAGGCCCCUUGGGCAGUCCGGGGAAGCCUAUGGACUGCUUAUCAGAAUCAUGCUUUUAAAUAAUUAAAGGAAAUAUCAAGUUUCAUUUAGAGGUUAGUGAAAACAAGGAUGUAAUUCUUCCCCAUCCAAGCUCAUAGACACCCCUGAAGUCGCUGCACAGACCCUAGUUAAGGGCCCUAAUGUAAGGAGGCCCAGGCUUGAGGGAGAUGAGAGAAUUUGGGGGUGCAAGGCGGGGGCCAAACUACAGGAAUAGAUUGGACCUAGCCUCCUUUCCCUGUAAGCCCAGAAGGCCCAACAGGGAAACCUCCCCAUCUCACUUUCUCACUCCUGCCUGGAGCUGGCCGAUCAUGUCAGACUUUGUGCGUUCACACCAAAUGCCUGGGUGACCUCAGCCCUCAUUCUCUCUUCCUCCACUCCUCUGAUGAAGAGAUAGCCCUUCUCACCAAGACUAACCCCCUCUACACAUAGCCUCCCUUGAUAAAAGCCGGCUUUUUAAGGGUGGCAAAAUGUUUUUACAUGUUCUCUGAUUUCAUCAUCCCAACCCUGAGAAUUGGGUGUUAUCAUUAUCCCCAUUUUACAGAUGAGGAAACUGAUGCUGAGAGAGUUUAAUAGGGUCACUUGGCUACUAAGUAUUUGAGACAGGAUUUAAACUCGUCUUCCAGACUCCAACCCCCAUGAUCUUAUCUACACCAGUCCACUUAGCUGACUGUUUAUAAAUUGGAAAAGGAAUUGGAAUUUAGGAUUAUUUUUUAAACCACAAGUUAAGGGAUUUAUCUAGUCUUUAAGGCUAUCAGAGAGGACAGAUGUGCCCUCUCAUAGCAUGUCCCUUGGGCCAACUGUUGGCAAUUGGGCUAUAUGAGGCAGGACUGAAAUUUCUAUGUUCCUGUGUAGUUGAGUGCUACAGGUGAAUGAAUGAAUAAAUGGAUGGAGUGA